CCGAGGAGUUUCUCCGCCCGCUUCCAUGGUGCAUCUUGGCAGCAGAGGGCACCCGCUAAGAUAUAAAGCAGCCAGCGCCUAGGACUGUCCGAGCCAGCUCCAGCCACCGCUUCCAGCCGCCGCCGGGCAGCCCCGCGAGCUCCGGGCUGAGUCUCCUGCUAUCGCAGCCGGGUGCUAGGCAGAAGCGCGCAGGGCGCAGCCGGGCAGCCCCUUCUUCCCUUGGGCGCAGGGGAGAAGUGCGCAGAGCUCUUGGACACUCCGCCCGCCCCCGUUCCCGGGGGGUUGGGAGCAGAAGGAAGGGCUCAGCAACCUUGGCCCUGCAGGCGAUAGGGGAGAGGCGCGCAAGGUGCAGAAGUCCAGUCCCCCCACCAGGAGCUGGAGGAGACGUGUGGCCGGGGAAACCUUUCGGGGGUCUAGGGCAGAAAAGGGCCUGGCGAAGAGCGCCGUCUGCUAAGGGAGAAGGGGCGCAGCGGUGUCAGAUGCCCGGCGCUGGGCAGAAGCGCGCAGGGUGCAGCAGUACCAGACUGCCUUGUAGGCUGGAGGGGGCAGGGUGGCGGGCUGCAGUCUUCCUUGGCGCAGCGAAGAAGGGCGCAGCUGUAGCAGACCCCCGAGCAAGGGAGGAGGGCGCAGGGCGCUAAGGGAAGAAGGGCGCAGUUGUGGCAGACCCCCGAGCAAGGGAGGAGGGCGCAGGGCGCUAAGGGAAGAAGGCGCAGCUGUGGCAGACCCCGCGCAAGGGAGGAGGGCGCAGGGGGGAGCAGGCAGCGCCACAGACAUGAGGCUGGUCCUGGCGGAGCGGAGCUUCAACGGCACUAACCACCGCUGGGCUGGGGGUUCCGGCAACCUGAGCUGGAAGGAGGGGCCGCUGCUGGCCUGGGCGCCGGGGGGCCUGGGGCGCACGGGGCACACGGUGGCCGUGUGUCUGGGCAUCAUCCUGGUGCUGGGCUGCCUGAACAGCCUGCUGGUCCUGCUGAUCUUCCUGAAGUUCGAGUCCAGCCGGACCCCCAUCAACCUGAUCCUGCUGAACGUCAGCCCCAGCGACCUGUUGGUCUGCAUCCUCGGGGCCCCCUCCAGCCUGGCCGCCAGCGUGCGGGGCCGCCGGCUCCUCGGCUGCGCCGGCUGCAAGUGGCACGGCUUCGCCCACGCCUUCUUCGGAAUUGUCUCUCUGAUUUCCCUUUCCAUCCUCUCGUAUGAACGCUAUGUCAUAGUGCUCAGGAGAUGCAUGAAAGUGAACAUGUCCAGCUACCAGAAAUCCUGUCUCUUUAUUGCAGGCUCUUGGUUCUACUCCUUGUUUUGGACUUUGCCUCCUUUGUUUGGUUGGAGUAGCUACGGUCCUGAAGGCCCAGGUACCACCUGCUCAGUAGCGUGGCACUCCAGGUCUCCUAACAAUAUCUCUUGCAUCAUAUGCCUCUUUAUCUUCUGCCUUAUAUUGCCUCUUCUGCCAAUGAUCUAUUGUUACGGGAAAAUAAUGAGAGCAAUCAAACAGUAAGUUUCUAGGUUUAAUAUGACAACAGUUCAGAAGAGGGAACGCCACAUACUUUUUAUGGUGGUAUCCCUGGUUACCUGCUACCUCCUCUGUUGGAUGACAUAUAGGAUAGUAUCUUUGAUUGCAACAUUUAGCAAGCCAGGAAUAAUCACUCCAACAGUAAGCAUUAUCCCAUCCAUUUUGGCAAAGACUAGCACAUCUGUUAAUCCUGUUCUCUAUGUGCUCUUGAACAAACAGUUGGAACAGGAGUUGAGCUUACAUGAAGAUUAUUUGUUCCUCAGAAGAAUACAAAAAUGUCGGAAACCAGAUGGUGUGGACUCAUCGUUAUUGGACUGUAAGGAGAUCAUAAACAGAUUCCAGGAUCUGCUAGUCAAGGAUGCAGAACUCAGCAAGGAUGGUGCAAAAUUUGAAAUGCUAAAAGAUGACAGGCAGCAACCAAUUUCAGCUCACCUAAUGGGGUUCAAGAACAGCACCAAGAAAGUAUCAGUUUUACAGUGGCAGAAAACGGGGUAUGCCCCUAUGAGCAACCUGAUAUCCUACAAAGGAGGGAAAUUGAAGGUGGAAAAAGAAGGGCUCUACUACAUCUACUCCCAGGUCAGCUUCUGCACCAAGCAAGCUCCUGGGGCGCCAUUUACGGUGUUUAUUUAUUUGAACCUACCAUCAGAAUUUGAUCGGCUCUUAUUAAAGGGACAGGAUACACACAGCUCAUCCAGUGUUUACUGUGCCCUCCAAUCCACUCACCUGGGAGGAGUGUUUGAACUCCGGAAAGGUGAUGUGGUGUUUGUUAACGUGACAGAUUCGACUCAAGUGAACUAUGAUCAUGGAAACACAUACUUUGGUAUGUUUAAACUCUAUUGAGAAGUGACCUGCCAUGAAGAAGAGAGCUGCAGGAGGCCCAAUCCCAACUUUGUUGAACUAAGUGACUUCUGGUUUCCAAUAUUUAUGUUCCUCUGCAUCUUUAGUUUUCUUGUAUCUAGUUCUGUAUAUUGUGUUAUUUAUUAAGAGGGGUGGAAUGAGCCCUUAGAACAGAAACAGAACAAAGUUUGGAGCUGUUACUGUGUGCACUUUGUUCUCACCUUUUCUCGUUGCAGAAUGUCUGUACACAUCUGUAUCAUAUGUAUUUAAGCCUUCCAUGCCCUGUGUGCUAUCACUUAUCUAACAGGGUGGAUAUGCUUAUUUAGUAGAACAUAAUAUGAGUGUUUCUUUCCAAACACCAUUACGUAUCUCUCAGGGGACUCCAGUCAGAUAGGUUAUAUGUACCUCUUUUUCAAUCUGCUUAUAAAGUAACAGUGGAAAAACUUCAAUGGUUUAGAAACAUCUUCUCUAGGAAAAAAGCAAUCAGCAAAUUGCCAUCCUUAAGCAGUAACUGCCAAUGAUACAUAUUUACUAUUUAAAUUCUAUAUUUCACCUGAAGUCUCCUUUCUUUUCAUCUCUGUAUAUGUACAAUAUACAAUCAGCAGAGCCUUGUACCUUUUAUAAUCAUGUAAUAUUUGCAGAGGCUUGUUCACAGUAGGUGAAAUUCACUCCACAGCAGAAGGGCCUGCACAAGGUCCAUGAGCCACUCAUGCCCUCAGAACAUGGCUUCAGUGAGCUGUAAAUAGUCCUCAGCCCUAGGGGGAAUUUCAUGCACAGGCCUAGACUGUCCUGUAUAGAUUUGUGAAUGAAGGGGACACUGCUCAUGGAACAACCACACCCAUGUGGAAGGGAGCUUCAGCCACCCUCCCCGUACCACUACCCCUUCUCUCCAGGACCCCCGGAACAAUCCUCCUCCAUGGGCCCUUAUUCCACACUAUGGGAAGGAAUGGGAAGGCAGAAGGCUGGAGCAGGCAGGAUCCCCUGUCCAGUCCUAUGAUAUACCUCCAAGCUGUAUUAUCUAUUGUGUAGAUCCUCCCCGGGCAUCUUGGGGCUACCACAGCCAGGAUAGGUCCUGGUAGAGUGGCUCCACUGGAGUCACUGGGGCCCUAGCUGGUGCAGAGGGACUGGACCUCUAUGGAUAGGCCUCAGAGCCUUUUCCAUGUGGGAUCAAUGGGUAGUAUGGGGAUGUCCUUGCUGAGAUUUUUCUCCCCCAGACAUUCCUCCCAUGGACUGUUUGAGAGGGUGAUCCAGUCCAUAAUAAAUUAAGACAGUUACAUAGCACCUUGAACCCAAAGAUCCCAAAUACCAAGAGACUUUUCAGGGUCCUGAUCCUGGAACUCUUACUCACUCAAGUGGUGCUCACUCCUGGGAGUAGCUCUGUUGAAGUAAAUAAGAUUGCUUGUGUAAGGGUUGCAGGAUUGGGAAAUAGAAUUUUUGCCUGACUAAAGAUUGCAAGAUUGGCCCAUAUAGCAUACCAUGGUCACUUGCCCCAUCUUCAAUAUGCAGCCACCUCUGGGAUGGAAAGCAGUAAUCUUUACACACAGAACACACCAACACCAGUGACUGUGGAUUUAAGGUCUGAUGCUGCACCCACAGAUGUCAAUGGGAGGCAUGCUCAGAAACUGCCUGUCUAAUUUUAUUAUAAUUUAAUAUGUCGUGUUGGUGGCAUAACUUUAUUAGAGAAUGGAGUCAGUGAAAGUUUUUGUUUGAUGUAUUGUGUAAACAUUAUUUAUUUAAUUAAAGCUGUAUUAUAUUCAUGGACGGGGGGGGAGACAACUUGAAGUUGCAUUGAAAAAUAGAAAGUGUGCAAGGAAUAAACAUGACUGUUGUUAUGUUUGUGCAGUAAUGUUGGAUCCCCAGUAUUGAAUGUUGAGUUUUGAAGUGAAGUGCUGUGUUGUUUAUACAUCACAGCGCUGAGCUAAUUUGCAGUCUUGCUACAACAGUUGGUGUAGAAUUCUGCAUACUGUAGUGUUACAAAUAACAUACCCUUUAUAAAUUAACAAAUAAAAUUUCAUUUUAUACAGUU